AUGGUUUUUGAAAAUUUAGACUUUUUGUCAUCGCCUUUUUAGUUUAAUAUAGGCAAUUAGUAGCAAAGAAAAAGAACCAAAAUAGGAGGAUUGCUCUCAACUGCCAUAUUUUUAGCUACGGUAGCCUAUUUCAUUUAUAAUCUAAUUUUAUAUUUCUCUAAUUCAAUUGAUCCUAAAUUUAUUGCUUAGAGUUUUGUUACUAAUAAUGAAAUCAGUGUAGACCUGCAUAACGAUUUAGUUGGAUUUAGGUUUGAGCAUAAAGUUAAUUAAGGUAUUGAUGUACUAGAAAAAGAAUAAAAUAAAACCUAUUUAGUAUACUUGCCAUUUUUUGAGUAUAUAGGAAACACUAGUGUUAAUCUGAUUCAAUUAAACAUCACUGAUUGUACAAAUCCUCAAUUGUAGGGAUUUAAGUGCUUAGAUUUUACACAGUUAUAGAACUACACCUUGACGUUGAACUCUUUAUCUAACAUUCUUUCAAGAAUUGAUAUUCUAUUGUAUAGAUGCCAAGACACAGACUCUGCAAAGACAACCAUUCCUGAUAAUUGUGCUAGUCCAGAAGAAAUAGAUUAAGUUAUUAAUAAUCUAAGUGGGAAUUUCCAUUUAAAAUUAUUUACUUCUUAGUUCAAUACAAGCUCAUAAAUGGUUCAAACUAACUUCAGAAAGAUUAAUAUAAACACUUAUUCAGGUUAAUUUAUUUACAGUAAAUUGAAAACACAAUAAUAAAAAACAAAAAUACAGCAAGGAUCGCUAAUUCAACAAGAAUCUACGUUUACUUCUCCUUUAAAUUAUGAACUUGUAACUUAAGUGUUUGAUUAUUAAACCUUUAAAAAUAUGACAGAUUCAGCCAAUAUUUUGCAAGCUUCUAUCUAAAUGGAUGAAAUAGUUACUUAUUUUCAAAUUCAAUUUCAUACAUUUCCUGAAAUAUUAGCUGUUUGCAAUAGUACCUUAGCCCUUCUUAUGCUGAUUGGAGUUGUAGCAAAAUAUUUUGCAUAGAAACUGAUUAAAGAAGACUUUUUUCUUCUUUAUUUACAGAAUUUUCAUUAAGGUACAUAUGAAAAUAUAUUAAAAAUAAAUAAAUUACUAUGUAAAGACUAAGAUUCUGGAAAGGACUCUCCAACAUGCAAUUAGAUACAAACAAAAGGCAAAGAAUUAGAAGAAGUAGAUAUAGAAGAAAUACCUGAGCAACAAUAAUAAAUGCAAGAAACUGACAACGCCUAAUCUAUCCUUGUUCCUUGCUUUCAAAGCACUUUUAUUGACAAUUUUCAGUCAGCUACAAAAAGCACUAAGCUGAGAAACGAUUUAAAUAGCUUUUAUGAUGCAACUAAAGAAGUUCAUUGGUAAGGUACUGAACAACUCAAGAUUAAAAAGAGUUAUUCAAAUAAAACACAAAGGACAAGUCUCGUUUAAAAAGGAAAUCUUUGUAAAAAAUAAGAUUAAAAUAGUUAAAUUACUAAUUUAUCUAAUUUAAAAGAUGACUCUCCAAAUCUCAGCCUGCCAUUUGCUAAAAUAAAUUAACAAAAAAAGAAUAAUUCGUUGACUUAUCAAAAUCAAAAAUAAAUAAAUAGUUCACCUCUUAGUAUUAAAAAAGAAUAAUCUACCUAUGACUUUGUCUUGAAAAAUAGUAUUGCAGAAUAACAAACUAUCAAAUAUAAUUCUUUUUUUAAUAAGCACUUACUUACAAAAAUACAAAAAAUCAUUUUUGGCUUUAAGAUUUGGAAAUAUCAAAAUCACUUAUAAUCUAUUGGAUUAAAUGUUUAGGAAAAAAGAUAAAUAGAAGAGUAAGUAAACUAGAGUGUGGAUAUCUUGUAGCUCUAUUAAGAUAUAAUAUUUUUAAAGAAAGCGAUCAUGAUUUUAUUUACUAGUGAUUAACUAGCGACCCUUAAAAUAACUGGAUUCUCACCAAAUUGUUCUUCUUCCAAGAAUUCUACAUUAAGUUUUAAUUUCACAAAAGGAAAUAUAAAUGGACUAAAUUACUUAGAGAGUUAAUACUUUAUGUAAAAAUCCAAGGAAUAAGAACUAAAUCAAAUCAACAAAUUCAUAAUCAGAUGUUAAGAUAAAAGUAGUAUGAGUGAAAUAGAUUAAAGAAUAUAUUCAUCUUUAAAUCUAGUUUGA